GUUUCUAUAUUUUGUGACACCCGAUCAUCGACGGAGAGCUAGAUUAUACAGCCUAAAAAUAAAACUAACCACACAAUUACACCAUCUGCUUCUGUAUUCAGAUAGUUUGCUGAGGCUGUGAUAUGGUGAAAGUGUCAGAGAGCGGGUGAAUGACUGCUCAGCUGCAGAGGAAUGAAUAUCUACUCAAGUUUCUCGCACUGCGUGUUUAGAAACGUCAAGUGUUGCGACAGGCGUCACACUAGCAGCCGUGCACAGAUUCACAUACACUGACCGACCGACUGACAGACAGACACACUGCAGCGAUACUUCUGGACUUCUUCACGUUUAAUUCUCGGUUCAAGACGGUUUUAAGCCGUACUGCCUGGAACCAGGGGAUUAUUCAACAUGCUGGGGAGAAAGAAGAAUCCCGAGACCGUUCAGACUGAGUCCAAAUCGGUGGAGUCGAAAACUCACGAUCCGCUGCGGAGGCUUGGUGUGUUGGACGAUGAAGAUGUGCUUCUGAUGCUGCAGGGGUCGAAGAUGAUGAAGGUUCGAUCUCAGCGUUGGCGGAAGGACAGGCGCCUGAAGCUUCUGGAGGACUGUGUUACGGUGUGGUGUGAGUCCAGCAAAACAUCCCGCAAGAGCAACAGACAGCAGACCUUCUCAGUGACGGAGGUGGAAUGUGUGCGUGAGGGCUGUCAGUCAGAGUGUCUGCGGCGGAUGACAGAUCUGGUUCCAGAGAAAAACUGCUUCACCGUGGUUUUCCGUGGAGGAAGGAAAAGCCUGGAUCUGUGCUGCCACACACAAGAGGAAGCGGAGCGCUGGGUCCGAGGCAUCCGCACACUAAAAGACCGCGUCUCCAACAUGAGCCAGAAAGAGAAGCUCGACCACUGGAUUCGAGGUUACCUGAGGCGUGCGGAUCAAAAUCAGGAUGGAAAGAUGAGCUACGACGAGGUGAAACAUCUGCUCCAGCUGAUUAACAUUGACCUAAAUGAGCAGUACGCACGAACGCUCUUCAAGAAAUGUGAUCGCUCGUGUGAUGGCAGACUGGAUCAUGUGGAGAUUGAGGAGUUUUGCCGUGAGAUGAUGCGCAGGCCAGAGCUGGACGCUGUCUUCAGGCAUUAUUCUGGAAACGGAUGUGUGCUCACCACUUUGGAGCUGCGGGACUUUCUGGGCGACCAGGGCGAAGAUGCAUCUCUGGUCCACGCAAAGAGCCUCAUCCAAACUUUUGAGCUCAACGACUGGGCCCAGAAGAAUCUCUUCAUGACCCAGAAUGGUUUCACCAUGUACAUGCUCUCAAAAGAGAAUGACGUGUUCAACCCAGAUCACACUCAUGUGUAUCAGGACAUGAGCAAACCUCUGGCACAUUAUUACAUCUCUUCAUCCCAUAAUACAUACCUCACCAAAGACCAGGUGACCAGCGCCAGCAGCACUGAGCCUUAUAUCAGAGCUCUGAAUCAGGGCUGCCGCUGUGUUGAGCUAGACUGCUGGGACGGGGAUAAAGGAGAGCCUAUAAUCUACCAUGGACACACACUCACCUCAAAAGUGCUCUUCAAAGAAGUCAUCGAGACCAUUGCUCAGUAUGCCUUCAAGGCGUCUCCGUAUCCUCUGAUCUUGUCUCUGGAGAAUCACUGUUCAGUGGAGCAGCAGGCCAUCAUGGCGCAACAGCUUCAGUCCAUUCUGGGGAAAAAGCUGCUGGCGAAACCACUCAGCGACCUGCCACUCAAACAGCUGCCCUCACCUGAGGAGUUAAAGGGUCGGAUUCUGCUGAAGGGAAAGAAACUCAACGGUCUGCUGGGGAAGACAGAGAGCUGGACCAGCUUUACAAACAGCUCGGAUGAGGAGUCGGUGGCCGGAGGAAACAAGAAGGAAUCCAAAAAGGAUCUUGCGAGGUCUGCGAGCACUAAACUGAGUCCAGAGCUGUCGGAUCUGGUGGUGUAUUGUCAGAGUGUGCCCUUCAGUGGAUUCGAGACAGCCAAUCAGAGGCCUCCUAGUGUGAUAACAUCUUUCUCUGAGAAUGAAGCGCUUAAACUCAUCAAAGACUCAGGGAAGCUGUUUGUUCGAAACAACAGUCGGCAGCUGAGCAGGAUUUACCCAUCAGCCCAGAGGCUUCAGUCCUCCAACUUCGACCCCCAGGACAUGUGGAAUGCAGGAUGCCAGAUGGUGGCUCUGAACUUUCAGACACCAGGAGAGCAGAUGGAUCUGAACCAGGGCCGCUUUCUGCCCAACGGCCGCUGUGGAUAUGUGCUCAAACCUGAAUUUCUGUGUGACCCAAAGUCUGAUUUUGAUCCGGAGAACACUGGUGGAGGACCAGGACACAUACCCACACAGCUCACCAUACGGGUGAUCUCAGCUCAGCAGCUUCCUAAAAUAAACACAGACAAGCCCAACUCCAUUGUGGACCCGCAGGUUUGGGUGGAGAUACAUGGAGUUUCCAUCGAUAAAGCUCGAGCCAAAACCCAGCGCAUUGACAACAACGGCUUUAACCCUCGCUGGGAUUGCACUGUGAGCUUUCAGCUGCAGCUGCCUGAACUGGCUUUAGUUCGAUUCAUGGUGGAAGAUCAUGACCACAAAUCCAAGAAUGAUUUCAUUGGCCAGUUCACCCUGCCCUUCACCAGCCUACGCACAGGUUAUCGUCACGUCCACCUGCUGAAAGCUGACGGCUCCACUCUUUCUCCUGCCACCCUCUUCAUCCAUGUCAAGGUGGUACGGCGAGGAGUUCAUAUUAAAACCGUUUCUGAGAGGAUAGGCAAGGCCUGAUGAUUUUGUCAUGAUUUCUGGAAAGGUUUCUUUCCGCAAGUACCUUACCGAAGGAAAAGCCCCUGAGCCGGGCUCUCGAGGUGCUGGAACUCUUCACAGUGAGACCACCUGGAAAAAACAUGGACAAUGGGUGAUACAGAAGUCAAGUGUAGACCUGAGAUUCAAAGUGCAUUUUGCUUUUAUUGUUCAUUUGUGCUGCUGUCUGCAGAGCAGAACGUCUAAUAAGCUAUACUGCAAGUGAGAUAUGUUAUGAAGUCAGUGUUGUUCUAAGUUACAGGUCAGCGUUGCUCGUAGAAUCUGUUUUCUAGGAGAGAGAUUUUAAGCCUUGAUUUCUUACAAAAUUAUAUUUUAUGAUUAAUUUAUAUUUUAGUUGAAUUAGGCACUGUUUACACAGGUGUGUUUUUGUUUUAAAGGUUUUGUAGCAGUUAUGCCAGUUGUGUACACUACUCUGGCAUCUUCAACCACCAAAACUGAACAUUUUUAAAAAGCUGAAAAUUUGGUUUUAAAAUAUGGGUGUUGCAUUUUAAUAUAGAUGUGCCAAAAUGCAGACUUUUAAAAAGGGAAGCAUGGCUGUCCACAGUUAGUCUUUGAAUAGUCUCAGCCUAAGACGUCACGCCAAGCAACACCCACAGAGCUUUGGCUAACACCAAAUUCACACGGGGCGUCAGCUUCAACGCUUCCCAUUCACUUUAAAUCAGGCAUUGCUGAACUGCAUUGUGGAUCCAUCUGCGCCGCUUCAGUGGCGUUGCUCGCUGCAAAAGUUGGGACUCUCUCAAAUUUUCAAGCGCCAACGGAAGCGUCAGCCAAUCAGAUCGCUGUAUGCAAAUACACCCGCUUAGGCAGUAGCCGAUUGCUGACUAAUUUCAUAGCCUGACACUGCUAUGACGUUCGUGUCAGCCCCAACCUCAAACACCUCAAGCGUUGACGCUGAAGCCCCAUGUGAAUGGGGCAUUAAUAUCUGAUGCCUAUGGCACACUUUUCUGGAAACACUUUAACAGAUCCUCAAUUGUCAUCUAAUUAAAUAUACAUGAUUUCUGGAAGUCGAGUAUGCAGCAAUCUUUAUCAGCCCACCUGAAAACAAGUCUGAGUGGAUAAAAAAGCUGCGAUGUUUAUAUUGAUGACAGUGUUCAUAAGUAAAAGUAUAACUUUCUGAGACAUUCAUGGAUCAGUGCACACACGUCUGUUAUUGUGAGGAUAGCUUGGUGACAAUAGCUGUUUCCAUCCAAAAAUGCGAAUGAACUUUAUGCGCAAAACUGAAUUAUCACAUAAAAGAUGUGCGAAUAAAGCAGCGUUUCCACGAAUCAAAGCGAACAAAAUCGUCAACUGGCGCCAAAUAUCAACAGUAAAAACAGAAUUUGCUGUGAUCCAAGAAACUGCGUCAAUCUUUUCUUAAUCUAAUAAACGACUGAACUUUGAAGGUGUCAGACGCAGAGCACAGACACUCUUGAUUCUGCAGGUCAUUAAUAAUGUAUUAACACUCAUGCUGCGUUCACAUUAGAUGCGGAACGCGCGUCAAGCGCGAGUGAUUUACAUGUUAAAUCAAUGCAAACGCGCGAACAAACAUCCUGCGGUGCGAUACGCAUUGAGUUGCGCGUUUUGCGCGAAUUGCUCGAGUAGAACCUAUUGAGGGUGUCCCGGGGGAAAUCUUCCAGGCGACACCAACAACAAGUCAUCAAACUGGGCUUGGCUCAGUCAAAAGCACUGCUGAAAGCCUCCGUCAUCCAGGUUCAGUUUCUGGAGGGGUUUAUGAGCUCACAGAGCUGAAUGCACCUCAAUUCGCGCAUAAGGCGCUAAUCGUGGCACGAAUCCACACAUAUCGCCCCGCAGGAUGUCUAUUCGUGCGUUUGCAUUCACUUAACAUGUAAAUCACUAGCGCUUGACGCGCGUUCUGCGUCUGGUGUGAACGGAGCAUAAGAUGGUUAAGGCAUUUUAGAAUAACCAAAACAACAUUUCAGAUGGUUUACAAUGUGCUUAGGCUGCUAGUUUGUUCAUUCACACACAUUUUUAUCAUCACAUGAUCUCUUAUAACAAAAUCACAUUAUUUAUUUAUUAUAUAAAUUUAUUUUUUAUGCGCAUACUGGAAUUUUCAUACAUCUUUUCUCUGUUAAAUAAAAAGUUUAUCCUACUCAGUUACGUGCAUAUGUUUUUUAUGUGCACUUUCAAAAUUUAUGCGCUUCAUGGUGGUUUCAUCAACCAUUUUUUAUGAGCAUCUCCAAGAUGCGCAUAAAAAUAGGUGGAAGGAAACAUAGCUACAGAACAUUUUUGAAUUUGACUUAAACUCUGGAUUAUUAAAAGUAUGCAGUAUUCACUGAAUUAAAGCUUCAGCAUGUGAUGUCAACAGACACGCAGGUACGCUUACAUUCUCGUGUUUUUUUUCUUUUGGCAGUGAAAACCUUAAAAUAUUUUGUCAUUUUGGUCAUAAAGAUCAAAGAAAGACAUUGUUCAAAACAGUAACUUUUUUUCCACAAAUUCCACAAAACUUUGCUUGUUUUUGUAAAGUUUGCCUUUACAUAAUUGUAUAUUGUGUAUAUUUAUUGUGUAUAAAUACACACAUCCAUGUAUGUGAAUAUACAAGUAUAGAAAGUGUUUAUUUAUAUAUAUUUAUAAUUCUAUCUAAAUGUUAAUCUAUAUGUAAAUAUUUUUAAUCAUGUACAUGUAUGUGUGUGCACAGCACACACAUACUUUUAUUUUGUUUGCAGUUAGCCACAUUUUAUCCUUAAACAACACUAUAGCGUACUGUUACUUCAGUUCACAACCCCUUCUGACCAUUACACCACCGGUAGACUGCAAGUCUGAAUGCUGGCAAAGUUAUGCGCAUGCCUAAUGAGCGUCAGUAAUCAUGCAUCAUGCGUUUUAGGCUGUACACGGUUUUAAAAUGAGAACACACUAGUGUAAACGUGCCUUAAAGUAGUGUUAAGACUUAUGUGAACACAGAAAUUAGUCUUUUGUCAUUUUGUGAGUUCAUAUACUUAAUUAUUAUUUGACAAAAAUUAAAAAAAGAGAUUUUGAGGAGACAUUGAAAGCUUGGAAAGUGUCAGGAUUGUUUAGUAAGGGUCAUGACUGGUUUAUUUUUGUAUGCAAGUAUGUUUUCAUUGAUUUAAACAACAUCAGUAACUCAGCAGAAUAAUCAGAUUAUUCUAUAAAGUAAUUUAGCUAGAUACUUUAAAUAACAACAUCCAAUUAUGAAGUCUGUGUUUAACAGUGGUUGAAAAAACAGAAGGGUUUAUCAUUAAACUACAGCAUUAACAAUGCAUUACAAGCAUUAGCAAAGUCCGUUAUCCUAAGAUCUCCAAAACUGGUCAAAUUAUAUUUGUCUAGUGCUAAUUUGAUGAUUUAGAGGCAACUAUAGCACUUGCCAUUCUAUACGUCAUUUAAUGGCAGGUUUGUUAAAUUAUGGUAACUCAUGGUUCAGAUAAUAAAGAUCUGUAUUUUGUACUAGGCUAUAAUAUUUAAUUAAAUGUUAUAAUAUGAUAUUAACUGUUUCUCUACAAACAAGUUUAAUUGUAAAUGUUCAGUUUCUUAGUAGAAACCAGAUCAUCUUUUGAUCUUAAUGUCUUGUUGUUCAUACAGUACUGUAUAUGUGUGUGUGAAUGUGAAUUUAUUUUUUAGGAAAACACAAUUUUUCUAGACUAUUUUGAAAUAGAUAAUCAGUAAAUUAAUUGACUCAAUGUUUAGUAUUUACUUUGUAUUAUCAGCAGCAGACAACAUUACCUCUUAAGAAAAAAAAACUAAUUCAUUUGAUUUCUUUUUGCUUGGGUAGUUUUAAAAAUGUGGAAAUCUGUGAAUUAAUCCUGAUUGUGCUUUUUAAUUGUUUUUAUUGGUAUUGCAAAGAUGUAGUGCCUUUUAAAAGCAUGCCUACGUUUUAUAAAUGUGCAAAGCUAAUUGUACCAAAUGUGUGUUUUAUUUACUGCUAAAAUGUUGCAUCUUUGUUGUAGAAAUAGACAUUAAAAAGACAACCGAAUUUACA